AUGGAUUCUGAUGGUGAUGAUGAUCAAGUUUUAGUAAAUACUGCACUUGAUUAUACAAAACUUGAUGCAAUAAAUCAACGACGUCAAACUGAACAUAUUAAUCAAUUCUUACUUAAUACAGUUCAUUUUUUUAAUACAUUCGGCGCACAAGUUGAAAAUAAAUUUCAAAAACUUGAAAUUAAUUUACAACGUAUUGAAGCUGAUUUUGCAAUUCUUGAUUCUAAACUUCGUUCAACACCGGGAUAUCAACAACUUGAUCUUACCGAUGUUUUAAGCCCAACAACAUCAGCAACUACUCCACAACAAACAAAUGUAUCAGCAACGACUACAAUUCCACCUCCCGCUCCACCAUUAUCAACUGGGGGACCACCGCCGCCACCACCAACCGGAGGUCCACCACCACCUCCUCCACCUCCGCCUCCUCCACCUGAACCAGAAAAAGUAGAAGAUCCUCGAACGGAGAAAUAUCGAAAAAUGUUGGCUGUGCGUGUACCACGUGAUGCUGUUCGACAUAAAAUGAUUGGUGAAGGUUUAGAUCAAGCUACUAUCGAAUCUGUUAUCGGUCCAGAUUAA